AUGGGUAGUCUUGAUGAAGCCUAUUUGGAUAUCACGGAAUAUGUUUCAAAGCGCAGUCAGCGCGUUCGGCUCCCACGAGUACGUUACAGCGGUGAUUGCCUUUGCCGUUUGCCACGUGUGCUCGAUUCUGACAAAGACCAGUUAGACUCGGCAACAACCUCGGAAGCGUUCUGUGAGAAAUGUGGUAGAAAGCGCAUACGUGUCGAUGAUUUCGUUUGUUUCGGCACUGAAGUUGAUCAGAUUGUAAGCGAAAUGCGUUUCCGAGUGGAACAACUGACUGGUUUAACGUGUAGUGCAGGUAUUGCGCCGAAUUCCAUGAUUGCAAAAGUUUGCUCUGAUUUCAAUAAACCAAAUGGACAAUUUCGAAUUGAGAACGAUAGGCAGUCGGUCAUGGAGUUUAUGCAAGAGUUACCGUUGAGAAAGGUAAGUGGGAUUGGCGCUGUGACAGAAGCAAUCCUAAAGGGAAUCGGAAUCGAAAAAUGUGGUGAAUUGUAUGAAAAGCGAGCCGUGCUAAGUCUGCUGUUUACACGCUGUUCUCUAGAGCAUUUCUUGCGUAUUGCAUUGGGUAUUUCAGUCUCGUAUACAGCACAGAACACAUCUUCAAAACGGAAGAGUAUCAGUGUCGAAAGAACGUUUCAUCCAACGGCUGAUCUGCACCUCCUUAUCAAGAUUCUUGAAGAUUUAUGUAAUGAUUUGAUCGAUUCUUUAUUGGAACAUCACAUUCGAGGUGGUUAUUCAGCCACGGUUAAAUGCAAGUUUUCAACUUUUGAUGUCAUCACCAGAUGCGUCAGUGUUGAUUAUUUGCUGAAUGAAAAGAACGCUCUCUUCAAAAUAUGCGAAAAAAUUGUUCGAAAUGAGAUCAAGCAACAUAACCAUCUGCACAUUAGACUGCUCGGAGUCAGAUUGUCACGUUUGAUUUUUGUCGACGAUAAGGUCGAUAAAGUGAAGUCGUUAACGUCAUUUUGGUCAACGAGCGAUACAAACGAGCAAUCGACGAUGAAUAAUGCCAAUGGUGGUGUUACAUUGGAUAAACAGAAACCACUGAAUGAUGGAAUGGAAACAAAUCAAGAAAAGAUUCAUGAAUCAGAUGAACGGCAUAGUAAUGAUGCGAAGACUGAUGCCUCAGUAAGCAUUUCGAAAGCUGCACUCAGUACACAACCCUGCCCAGUCUGUGGUGAUCAGCUUCCGGAUCAAUUGGCAAUGGUCAACAGACAUCUGGAUGAAUGUUUGAACAGGUACUUCUCACUUCAGUCGUUUCAUCAAAUUCUCAUUCGUUCAUUGUUUCAUGAGAUCAUUUGA